AUGAGUCCCGACAAGAUCUCCCGACGCAAUCGUCUUCUGCGACGUCUCAGUCUUCUUCGCACCAAACCACUAACGGAAUUCUUCUUCCUGCUUGAUCUUCCAAAUGAGUUAAUCCUUUUCAUCUGCCAUUUUCUCACCCUCGAGAAAGACAUCAACAACUUCAGUCGAUGCAGCCGCCGUCUGCAAGACCUCCUUACCUCCGAUCUCUACCGGCAUAACAUCAUCCAUUAUGCCGGUUCGGCGUUAGUAUGGGCGAUUAGCAGGGGACAAGCAGGUACGGUGGAAAAGAUACUGAGAUACGGUGGCGAUCCAAACCUCUGCGUAGAUCCUAUCGACCAAAGACCGCCGCUGUCAAUGGCCAUUGCUACGCAUCAGUUCGAGAUCACCAAGCUGCUUCUCGAGUCGGGGAAAUGCAUGAUCGAAAAAGCAGAUCUGACUGAAGGCUGUUCGCUCAGCAAAGCAGUAUCUCAGAAUGACCUGUCACUCGUGGAAUUACUGCUCCGUCACGGGGCUGGUGCCAAAAUAGGACUCUCUGUACACAGAGCGUUCCGGAUAGCGUUGUGUUGUGGGCAUACAAACAUCAUGCGGCUGAUGUUAGAGCAGGCCGCCAUUGAUGUGAACGGCCAUUGUCAACCAUACCGCGCGCCGUUCCUGAAUGACGCUGCCCGAUACGGUCGAGCCGAGCCUCUCUCUCUAUUGCUCGCGUGCAAAGAUCUGGAUAUUGAGAACACAGACAUCGAUGGUAACACUGCAUUGAUGAUCGCGGCCAGAGAAGGGAAGCUUCAGGCCAUGAAGACCUUACUCGCCAGAGGCGCUAUUCCCGACGCCGUCAACAAAAAAUUGGAAUCUGCCCUGUUCCUGGCUGCAAGUAGGAGACAUGACCAAGCUGUCACGUUACUACUACAAGAUUAUAGGGUCAAUAUUGAGUCCCCCUCAGAGAUCGGAUUUACGGCCCUCAUGGCAGCGGCCAGGUACGGACACGACAGUACGGUCCGCCUAUUACUUCAGAAUGGAGCGGAUCCAAACCGCCGAGAUCACCUUCAGUAUUCAGCGUUAUCAAUCGCUGCGGCAUGUGGAAAACCAUCGACGUGCAAAAUUCUCCUGGAGAACGGCGAUGCAGAUGUAAAUGUCCAGUGUGGCAAAGGCAGAACACCUCUCUCCUUGGCACUAUAUGCCGUUGGUCGCUCUCCAAUUAAGCAACAUGGUAAAUACCCCCCUGGCGCCGACAAAGCUCUCGAAGUCGCUCAGGUUCUGCUCUCGGCUUCCGGGAUCGACCCGGACUCCAAGGACCACGACGGACGAACACCUCUCACGUAUGCAGCUGGCAUCCACAGUAUGCCACUCGUCGAGCUGCUCUUGAAACAAGCCUCUGUUCAACCCGAUACGUUAGAUAAUUAUCGUCGCACCCCGUUGUUUUAUGCAACUCAAAGGCGUGUUUCUCCCUGGGUUCUAUCACUCAAUUACGAUGAAGAACAUCGCGUUAUAAACACGCUCCUAGACACGGGACGUGUGGACGUGAAUGUUAAAGAUACCGGCGGCCGGACUGCCUUGUCGCAUGCUGCCGAGGAAGGCCGGGAGGAUAUUGUGAAGAUGCUGAUCCAAAAGGGAGCUGAUCCCACGAUCGUCAAUAAUUCUGGUGAAUCUCCUCUACAUUACGCCAAAAAGGAGCGCAAGCACUGCCACCGUGAUGAGAAACCGUGUUAUCGGAUCAUGAUCGCGAUAUUGAAGAAACAUUCCGGGACUGGAAGAUCUGCGAGAUUGUUGGGUCGUAUGUUCAGAAAGAGACGCGAAUGCAAGAUUCAGCGAGAUUGA